UUGACCUCGCGUGGCCGCGUCAGCCUCGCCGGCCCCUUCUGCCCGCUCCAGCCGCGGCGCCCUCUCGCCCUCUCGCCCUCUCGGACUUGGAGGAACCCGAGGCUCGAGGGUUUUCCAGGCUUCGCGCCUCCUGUAGGGUUUCGGCAGGACCCGCAGAGGCGGAAACCGAGAAGUGCGCCCUGUUUUCAGAAGCUGGGAGCGCGCCGUGUCCUGGAGGCCUUAUCAAAACCUCCUUGCCUGACCCAGGGCCUGGUGGGUGACUGGGAGGACCUCCUUGACAGGGUGACAGGGGCCUGCCUUGAGCCUGCUGGGGCCAACCCCCCCCCCCACCCAGGGGCGCUGUCCGUGAUCAGUUGCCGGGGACUCAGCCCUUGGGGGUCCAAGUCCCUGCCCUGCCCCCACCUUUAUCAGAAAAUUUCUUCAUCUCGCUGGGUCCUUCCCGAAAUGUUUCCUGGCCUUGGGGCUUUAAAACCAGAGCUCCUGAAUUCACCCAGAGAAAGGUAUUCAGAGCUCAAGCUCAGCUCAGACAUGGCACCUGGCUCCUGGGUGCCUAACUGAUGCGGCAUUGUGACCAGAGUUAGACCUCGGGUGCCCUUGGACACUCGCCCUUCCCACAACCCCAAUCAGAGAGUCCUGAGUCCCCACAGGGCCAGUUAGCCUUGGCUAGACAGUACUAAGGGUACUUGCCAGCACUUCUAACAACUCCAGAAUUAGGCUGAGAGGCUGCCAGGAUCAUGUGGUAUGUCAGCACUCGGGGGAUGGCCCCACGGGUCGACUUUGAGGGGGCUCUCUUCUCUGGCUAUGCUCCCGAUGGGGGUCUCUUCAUGCCCGAGGAGCUCCCACAGCUGGGCAUAGAGACCCUGCAUCAGUGGAGUGUGCUCUCCUACCCCAGCCUGGUGAAGGAGCUGUGCACCCUCUUCAUUGGUCCUGAGCUCAUUCCAAAAGAAGUCUUAAAUGAUCUGAUCGACCGGGCCUUCGGCAGAUUCCGCCACAGAGAGGUGGUCCAUCUGUCCAGGUUGAGGAAUGGGCUGAAUGUGUUGGAGCUGUGGCAUGGGGCCACGUAUGCGUUUAAGGACCUGUCCCUGUGCUGCACAGCACAGUUCUUACAGUACUUCCUGGAGAAGAAGGAGAAGCACAUCACUGUGGUUGUAGGAACAUCUGGAGACACAGGGAGUGCUGCCAUUGAGAGUGUUCAAGGGACAAAGAACAUAGACAUCAUCGUUCUGCUGCCCAAGGGUCACUGCACAAAGAUUCAAGAGCUCCAGAUGACCACAGUGCUGAGGGAGAAUGUCCAUGUGUUUGGAGUGGAGGGCAACAGCGAUGAGCUUGAUGAGCCCAUCAAGGCCGUGUUUGCCGACGUGGCUUUUGUCAAGAAGCACAAUCUGAUGAGUCUGAAUUCAAUCAACUGGGCCCGAGUCCUUGUGCAAAUGGCCCAUCACUUCUUUGCUUAUUUCCGGUGUGCACCAUCCUUAGACACAUGCCCCCUGCCCCCCGUGGAGGUGGUUGUGCCCACAGGGGCUGCUGGUAACCUUGCAGCUGGGUGCAUUGCUCAGAAGAUGGGCCUGCCCAUCCGCCUGGUCGCAGCAGUGAACCACAACGACAUCAUCCACAGGACUGUGCAGCAGGGAGACUUCUCUCUGUCUGCGGCUGUUGAACCAACCUUGGCCUCAGCUAUGGACAUUCAGGUGCCCUACAACAUGGAGAGGAUCUUCUGGCUGCUAUCUGGCUCUGACAGCCAGGGGACAAGAACUCUCAUGGAGCAGUUUGAAAGGACCCAAAGCAUGAGUCUACCCAAGGAACUGCACAGCAAGCUUUCAGGGGCAAUGACGUCUGAGUCCAUGUCGGAUGAGGCCAUCACCUGGACCAUGAGUCGCUGUUGGGAAGAGAACCAGUACUUGCUGUGCCCUCACUCAGCUGUGGCUGUGGGUUACCAUUAUCAGCAGAUGGAUAGGCAGCAGCCCAGCUUUCCCCGGUGCUGUCUGGCCCCCGCCUCUGCAGCCAAGUUCCCAGAAGCUGUCCUGGCAGCCGGGCUGACCCCAGAGACCCCUGCAGAGAUCCUAGCUCUGGAGCUCAAGGAGACGCGCUGCACCCCAAUGCGGAAGGGUGACGACUGGACACUGAUGCUUCGGGACACCAUUGAGAGUCUGGGCUGGCAGCAGAGGGGUCACUUUCUGAAUGCUCCCAAAUAGCCAGGCCGGGUUGGAUGGACUUCCUUCAGGCUUCAGACCCCAGGGAGGCUUGCCCUCUGAAUUGCUUUGUGCACUUUCUCCUCAUUAAGAGUUGUCAUUAAGAGAAUCUCAGGAGGCUGCUGAGCAUGGUCUGGUGCUGGCUUUGCUUUUAUGGCUGCUGUGUUCUCACCGUGGUGGUCCUGUGCCCGGUUACUGGAGCUGCUGGGUGUGGGGGUAUGGGUGGAUGGGGUGUUCCAGAUGGUGCAGGAGCAUCCCUGAAGCAUGUCAUCGUUUCAGACCUGCCGAUGAAGAGCUUGAGCUCAAGGUGGGCCUCAACUCCAGGGGUGAGACCCCUUAUCCUGAAUCUCUGCAGGUGGGGGCUUCUCCAUCCAUUAACACAGGUCUGAGGUUCACAGUCUCUGAGCCUUGGUUUAUCUGGUCUCCAAGCCAGAUCCAGAGGUAUUCACCUGCCUCGUCAGAGGCUCCCCUCUUGUUAGAAGCGUGGGACUCCCUGGAGUAAAAGUGCACGUUCAGUGCGAUGAUGACUCUAUGGCUUGUGAGCAGAGACUAGUGGCUACUGGGUGGUAGCAGGGUGCCAGAGGGUGUGCUGCGUCUUCCUGCUGCUCUAGACUUGUCCGGCACUGAGGGGCAACAGAACAGGCAGGGGAACAGGUAGCGUGCAUGGUGGUGGUGGACAGAGUCAAGAUUUGGUAUCACCAAAUCAAGGCCAUGUGGGAAAGCAUGCACCCCAAAGUGCAAACACAAUCAAGUUGCUCUCUUGCUCUUCUAUCAGAUUCCCCUGUUGUGUUAAUCCAGGGCAUGUGUCAUAGCAGCAUUAACCACUAAAUAAGGUCCAGAUGCCUGCAUUUCCUUAGGUACCUCCAUAAUCAUGCUGCCUCAGAGAGGUCACACUGUCUUUUCCUCUGAAAAUAUGACUCACUUUCUCCCCUCUCCAUGCUUUCCACCCUGCCUUGGCCUCUGGGAGACUGUCCUUCUUUGAUAAGUCCUGCAGAUUGUUUACUGCAGAGUUGUCCUUCAUCAGGCCAGAUGGGAUCAAUGGUUCCUGAUUCUGGCAGAACUUCAACAGUAGCUUUCCUUCUACCCUGUUUUGUGGUUCCCCACAUCAGAUAUCAUCUCCCCAUCUCGAAGUUUCUUGAAGACAAGAAUCACUGCUUUACACAAUGGGCUGAAACUUUUUGGAUUUGCCCCUACUGAUCAAAAUGUUUUUAGAAUUUGUUCUCCCAACAUGUGGAUACUAAAUUAUAUGUAAGCUACUACUAAAUUAUAUAUAAACUAUACUGGCCCUGGGAUCUCCUCAAAAUGCACACUUCUGGCCACCUUCAUAGAUGAAUAUCUGGGUCUGGGGUGGACAUCUGACAUUCUUACAGAUUCCCUAAGUCUUCUGUGCACUCUAAUUUGGGAAACCCUGGCUGGGGAAUUUAAGUGGAUAAAUAAUUUAUCAAUUGUGAGGUGUACUUUACUUCCACAAGGGCAUACUUUAUUGCUCCUACAGUUUUCAUGAUCUAGCCUUGCACUGGGGAAUUCAGUAGCUACUAGCCACAUGUGACUCUGAGCACUUGAAAUGCAAAUAGUGCAACUGAAGAGCUGAAUUUUUAAUUUAAAAAAAUUUUAAUUUACGGGCAGCCUGGGUGGCUCAGUGGUUUAGCGCCACCUUCAGCCCAGGGCGUGAUCCCGGAGAUCCAGGAUCGAGUCCCACGUCGGGCUCCCUGCAUGGAGCCUGCUUCUCCCUCUGCCUGUGUCUCUGCCCCCCCCCCCUCUCUCUGUGUCUCUAUGAAUAAAUAAAUAAAAUCUUUAAAAAAUAAAUGUAAAAAAAUUAAUUUACAUUUAAAUUUCAAAACUAAUACUUGAUUCAGUCAUUAAAAUCUUUUAAGUAGUUUUGGAAAGAUGCGGGUAUGUGAAUCUGCUUUUUCUGCUAUAAAUUUUAUGAAGUUUAAAUAUAGAUACGUAUUCCCAAUGAAAAUUUAGUGUUCUAAUUAAAAUACACCGUAAGUGUAAAAUACAUGCUGGAUUUCUAAGACUUCGAAUGAAAAAAAAUCUGAAAUAUCUCAGUAAUAAUUUUAUAUUGAUCACAAGUUGAAAGGAUAUUUUUUGAUGUAUUGUGUUAAAUAAAAUAUAUCAUCAACUUUAA